GUUUGCGGCUCUCAUGGCUGCAGCCAGCGUGACCCCUCCCGGCUCCCUAGACUUGUUGCAACCUGGCUUCUCGAAGACCCUCCUGGGGACCAAGCCGGAGGACAAGUACCUGUGCUCGGCCUGCAGGAACAUCCUGCGCAGGCCUUUCCAGGCACAGUGUGGCCACCGCUACUGCUCCUACUGUCUGACCAGCAUCCUGAGCUCCGGGCCUCAGAACUGUGCUGCCUGCGUUCACGAGGGCAUAUACGAAGAAGGCAUUUCCAUUUUGGAAAGCGGUUCGGCUUUCCCAGACAACGCUGCACGCAGGGAGGUGGAGAGCCUGCCGGCCGUUUGUCCCAGCGACGGCUGCACCUGGAAGGGGACUCUUAAAGAGUAUGAGAGCUGCCAUGAAGGACACUGCCCGUUCAUGCUGACCGAGUGCCCGGCAUGCAAAGGCCUGGUUCGCCUGGGGGAGAAGGAGCGUCACUCAGAGCACGAGUGCCCAGAGAGAAGCCUCAGCUGCCGGCACUGCCGGGCGCCCUGCUGCUGGGCGGACAUGAAGGCCCACCACGAGGUCUGCCCCAAGUUCCCCUUGACUUGCGAUGGCUGUGGCAAGAAGAAGAUCUCACGGGAGAAAUUCCAGGACCACGUCAGGGCAUGCGGCAAGUGCCGAGUCCCGUGCAGGUUCCACGUCGUCGGCUGCCCUGAGAUGGUGGAGAGUGAGAAGCAGCAGCAGCACGAGGCCCAGUGGCUCCGAGAGCACUUGGCCAUGCUGCUGGGCGGCCUCCUGGAGGCCAAGCACCUCUCAGGAGCAGGUGGCCACUUCCUGGGCCAGAGCGAGCUGCGGCAGCGGUGUGAGGCCCUGGAGAGGAAGACGGCCACCUUCGAGAACAUUGUCUGCGUCCUGAACCGGGAGGUGGAGAGGGUGGCCAUGACUGCUGAGGCCUGCGGCCGGCAGCACCGGCUGGACCAGGACAGGAUCGAGGCCCUGAGUAACAAGGUGCAGCAGCUGGAGAGGAGCAUCGGUCUGAAGGACCUGGCGAUGGCCGAGCUGGAGCAGAAGGUCCACGAGAUGCAGGCAACCACCUUCGAUGGCGUGUUCGUCUGGAAGAUCUCCGACUUCGCCAGGAAGCGUCAGGAAGCCGUGGCCGGUCGCACGCCCGCCAUCUUCUCCCCAGCCUUCUACACAAGCAGGUAUGGUUACAAGAUGUGUCUGCGCAUCUACCUGAAUGGAGACGGCACCGGGCGCGGGACACACCUGUCUCUCUUCUUUGUGGUGAUGAAGGGCCCCAACGACGCCCUCCUGCGGUGGCCCUUCAACCAAAAGGUGACCUUAAUGCUGCUUGACCAGAACAACCGGGAACACGUGAUUGAUGCCUUUAGACCCGACGUGACCUCAUCCUCUUUCCAGAGGCCAGUCAGUGACAUGAACAUCGCCAGUGGCUGCCCCCUCUUCUGCCCCGUCUCCAAGAUGGAGGCCAAGAAUUCAUACGUGCGUGAUGACGCCAUCUUCAUCAAGGCCAUUGUGGACCUGACGGGGCUCUAGCCGCCUCCCACCAGGGUCAGGGGUCGGGGGUCAGGAGUAGCUGGGCCUGACGGCUUGGUGAGGGGCCACCACCC